GCAGACAUCAGUUCAGCUAACGAUUUCGUGCUCUUAACGGUCCUCACUCACUCGAGCUCACUCCUUACAGCCUCCUCUGCAGGAUUCAGCGUCCAGUCGUCCUUCGUCCUUGUUUUUAGCUACGUGUUCGCGCCGUGUGUCCGUUUGCCGUUCGUGCUCGAUAAUUAAAAUGAAGUACUUCGUUGCCAUCGCUCUGCUGUUUGCCGCCGCUCAGGCCGUUCCCAUCGAGCUGGGCCACUACGCCCCUGCGCUGGUGCAUCAUGCGCCAGUCCUGUCGCACGCCGUCCAUGCCGUCCACGCCGAGCCGGUGGCCUAUCCCAAGUACUCCUUCAACUACGGCAUUAAGGAUCCCCACACCGGCGACAUCAAGUCGCAGGCCGAGGAGCGCGACGGUGACGUGGUGAAGGGCCAGUACUCCCUGGUUGAGCCCGAUGGUUCGGUGCGCACCGUUGACUACACCGCCGACGACCACAAUGGCUUCAAUGCCGUCGUCCACAAGACCGCCCCCACCAAGAUCAUCGCCCAUGCACCCGUGCUGCAUGCCGCCCCCGUGCUGGCCCACGCCCCCCUCCUGCAUCACUACUAAGUAGCGGGAGCCUGACUUAGUCACCAAGGUGCUCUCCCUCUCGCUCUCAUCCAUUCACACCAGAAUCUUCAUAGGAACAACAACAAACAGAAAAACAAACAAAAAACCACAAAAAAAAACAAACAAACAAACAACGAAAAUGAAAAUCUUUUGUAAGUAAGCGUAGCGUAGAGUUUAGUAGACACGGACCGCCUUAGGGGGCGUGUCCCGGCACCCGGCUGAUCCUGGCAUGGCACAAGGACGAAGGAUAUAAACCGAACCGAAAACAAACAGAAAUUCAUAACGACUUGGCAUUCGGAAUGACUUGAACGCGGAUGAUGAACGCGCUAAGGAUAACAACCGGUAUUGGAGUGACAAGUUCUUCACACGAUAUAUGUUAUUUGUUUGUAUAUGUACGUACGUACGAUUAACCAGAACCGAUUUCGCUGGAAAUCUUUUGCACACAAUGCCCCAAGAAAAUUGUACUCCAAGGAUAUG